AUGGAUUACCGCUCGCCCUUUGAGCUACGCCAACAACUCCUUGAGGGUGUCCGGGCCGCCCAGACGACAUUGCCGCCAAAGAAGACGAAAUACAAGGCCAAGGGCGGCUAUGGCGACAACUGCGCCACCCCGCUUCCUACGCAGUAUUCAGCUGGAAAAGAUUCCUCGGGAUUUAUGCCCUUCACGGCGCUUCCUGAUGACCCCACAGCAUUAGUGCGCGAGGUGCCUGGCGCCGAGAACAUCGAGGCCCUCAACGCAGCCCUCGAGCGUGAGGAGGCGGUGCAGCGUUAUGUGGAGAAAGAGAAACUCUCGGUAGAGGAGUCAGCGAAGUACAUCAUGGCAAACGGCAGUACGGGCCAGCGCAUCUCUUAUUUUGCUCAUAUCCGCGAGCAACUUGUUGAGCUACCCUCGAAGGCGAUCUCGAAGGUCCUCGAGACGCUACUGGACUCGAUGUGGACGCAGGACCCUGAGCUGCAGUGUCGCGCGCCGGAGAAUCUGCUGAAGCUUGUAGGUUUACUGGACUCCGACACGGCCACUGAGCUGUAUGACGUCACCAAAACAAUGCUGACUGUCCAGAUGCCGGAGAUUCGCGUAGCGUGGUGUGAGCUGCUGCUUGGGCUCAUCGACUACUUACCUGUUAGUGUGCUGCAAAGUGACCUGAUUAUCCUCACCGUAAACAAGUCGGAACACGCGCAGUCGCAGGAUCAACGCGAGCUAAGCUGCAAGCUCCUCGGCGCCCUCUGUCAGCAUAUGGUUGCUGACAAGGUAGAGGAGCUCAUACUUCCCCGAGCACUAGCCCUGUGCCAGGACACAAACGUUGGCGUCCGCCAGCGCAUGUGUCAGCAGUUGUGUGCCAUUGCACAUUCACUGGGCGUAGAAAAGGCAAAGAUACGCGUGGCGCCUGACUUGUUCGAGCUCUUGACUGACGAGGAACAGGUGGUGUCGCGAGCUGCCUUCUCAUGCCUUAUUGACUUGGUGGAGUUCUUCGGCUCUGUCUACCGCCGCGAGAAGCUGUUCCCGAUCAUCAAGAACUUCAUCUCGAACCCGCCAAGCGAGGUGUUCGGACUGCUCGUCGGGGAGUUCGGUCGCUUCCUCGAUGCCAUCAAGACAGACAUCGUGUCAGAGGACGACGUGACGCUUUUUGCCAACUUUUUCUGUACCGCUGCGACGCGGCACGAGGAGGACGCGCGACGCCAUUGCGCCUUCAACUUUCCCGCCGUGGUGGCGUCGCUUCCGCGCAGCGUCUUUGCCACGCACCUGAGCAAGGCGCUCUUGUCUCUCUCCGCUGAUAGCUGCGUUGCUGCACGGCUUAGCACCGCUUCUGGUAUGCACGAGCUUCUUCCACUGUUGCACACACCAGCUGCUGACCUGUUGGAGCGGCCCUUCCUGCGCCUCAUCGCUGACCCCGACGCAUCCGUGCGGGCGGCGCUGGUUCAGCACAUCAGUAACCUUCUCGACUACUUCCGCAGCGAGCUGAAAAACUCGGACCUCUUGUCGUUCUUUUCAGCUGUGCUGGACUCUCUCCUUGCGUGGGUGUCGGAGCCCGUUGUGAACUGGCGCACUAUGCAGCACGUCAUGCAGAUUGUGGACCACUACGUUGACUUGUUCGAGGAGAGGACGCUGACAGAGCAGGUCGUGCCGCGACUAUGGGAGUACGCCAAGACCGGGGCCACAAUCUUGAAGGCGGACUGCGCCACACUCAUUAUGCACAUAGCCUCUCGGAUCGUCAAUCCAAUCACCAAGGCGCAGAUCUUUAGUCGUCUGAAUAGCGAGUACGGCAGGUCAACCUCGUGCUACGCGCGCCAGACGUACAUCUACUUUGUAUCUGUGACCUUUCGCUUUUUUUCCCUUCGCUGUGUUCGGGAGCGGAUGCUGGAGUGCUGCCUUGAGCUGCAGCGCGACAGUGUGACAGCGGUACGACUGGCACUAGCGCGUAGUCUGCCGUUGCUGUCGCAGACGCUGAGGAAGAGCAACGCCGGCGCGCUCGAAGAUGAAUUUACCGCCAUGAUUGGCCGUCUAUGUGAAGAUGUAGACGAGGAGGUACGGGAGGAGGCUGCGAAGUACGCAGUGGGGUGCAAACGCCGCGCUGGCGAGGACACUGCUGCGCUCAGAAGACCCCACGGAAACGAGGAAGAGGAUGGCAGGCGAGAAAAAGCGGAAUUGGCGAUGUUAGAGCACGCGAAAGAAACAGACAAGGCGGAGCGGCGAGCAAAGUUGCGUGACUUGCUAAAGAGCGAGCGUGAGAAGGAACUAGUGGAGUUACCAUCACCUCUAAAGGGGCGUAAGCCAGUGCCCCCGGCCAGCACGGCCCCGCCUCCGUUGACUCGUCGCCACGGCAGCAAGCACUUCAUACUGCCCCCUGUGAACUCGGUGAGUCUGCCCCGCAUUGCGCCAACGAAGCAAACACCUGCGCGGUCUACAAGCCGCAGGAGGCCUUGA